CCGGGCGCGUUUACAGACAAAACCGUCGAACAGUCUGGCUUUCGCAUCCUUCGAACACCAUCCGGUCCUGCCGGAGCUCACGUAAAAUCCGUUCGAAAUCGCGCGAUUGAUUCGGUAUUAUUAUUUUUUCAAUUUCUACGCGUCGUUUCUUGAAAGAUGAGUCGGAUAAGAGAAGGCGAAUUUUCGGCGAUUCGGUGUCACUAGCGAAAAAUCGGCCGCGUUUCGUUCGAUUUUAUCAUUUUGUUGAAUUUUUGAUAAACCGAUUAUGUUUGUUUUCGAAUUAUAAUGUGGAACGCGUGGUAUUGGACUUGAUUCUAUUAUAGCCUUUCUUGCAGUAUUAAUUUAUUCUUCAUUCUUCGCUAUUGUUAAAUAUGAGUGACGUUUUUUUAGUGUACAUUUUAACUAUCGUACAUUUUGGAUUUGUUUUUGAUCACAGAUUCACGGAAGCUCGAUCUCGCAAUUCCUCCAUCGAUAUCCAUCGAAGUCUCGACAUCCAGCCCAAAUACACGGACUGGUCGUUUUGGAGCAGGUGCUCCGAUUGCAUUCAAAGAAGAAUGAAGGAGUGCAUCGACGACAGGAGCUGCGCCGGUUCCAGGAUAUACGAGGAAAAACCCUGCCAGAAGGCGAGGUGCAGGAGGAAAUUCAAACGAAAAGACGAUUUCCAAAUCGUCCAUCUGAAUAAAAGCAGCAAUUACCUGGUGAAGCAAGGCCCGUCGGACAUUUGGAGCAAAUGGACGGAAUGGUCGGCGUGCUCGAAGCACUGCAGGACGCACAGGAGGAGGAAAUGCAAGAAACACAGCAGGUGCGGCAAGAAAAUCCAGAAGGAGAACGCGUACUGCUAUCACAACAAAACCAAAUGCGAAGUGUUCGUGCUGAAUCUGAUCAAUAACAGCAACAAAUACAACUCAAAGAGAUACCAAUACGACCAUAUCAACUCUCAAAACACCACCACCAAACCGCCGAGAAGAAAUUCCAAGGCGAAAAAAUGCGGUGUUGCCAACAGGAAAGCCAGAAUGUUAAGGAUCAUCGGUGGAAUAGAGGCUAGGAGGUACAAGUGGCCUUGGCACGUUGCAGUUCUAAACCAAUACCGAGAAGUAUUCUGCGGGGGUACUCUCAUAUCCCCGCGUUGGGUACUGACAGCGAACCAUUGCAUCCGGAAGUCCCUGCGGGUGAGGCUCAACGCGCACGAUCUCCGGGCGACGGACGGCAGCGACAUCGAGAUGACCGUGUACAAGAUGUUCCCCCAUCCGAAGUUCAAUUACAAAACGGUGGACAACGACAUAGCCCUGCUGAUGCUGCCGCGGGCCGUAGACGGUCCCGUGGCGUGUCUGCCCAACCGCCGGCCGAAGACCAAGCAAGUUUGCUCGGUGAUGGGCUGGGGCAAGGUGGAUCCGGAGGACGUUUACGGGGUACCCGUUUUACACGAGGCUAAACUUCCCAUAGUGCACCAACGCACCUGCAGGAAAUCGUACAGGCAGUUCCUGAUAAGCGAUAACAUGCUGUGCGCGGGCUGGUACUCGGGUAGGGCGGAUACCUGCGCAGGAGACAGCGGCGGAGGGUUGAUGUGUCCCAGCAGGAAAAACAAGAGGGUGGCUUACAGCGUGCAAGGUAUCACGAGUUUCGGAGACGGGUGCGGCAGGAAGCAGAAAUACGGUAUUUACACCACUGUUUAUAAUUACAAAGGGUGGAUCAAUUACAUUAUCGAUCAUUUUUCUUAAUAAGUACUUAAGAUUCGAAAUUAUUUAUGUAUAUAGUAAGUUAGUAGAAAUUUUGAUAUCGUAAGCUUCUUAGAAUUUGUAGGAAUUUACAAUGAAGUAGUUAUUAAUCUAGUCACAAAUAGACCGCCACAAAUUAAUUGACAUUAACUAUUUGUGUAACUGAGAACUGGAUGAUGUUCGAUUACUCAUGGGAACUGCAUUUAAACAGGGUGUUAAUUAAUUGAGUGUCAAUACUUCAAGUAGUGAAUAUUUGGGUGAUUUUAAGAAACGUUUUUAUAUUAA